AUGGAAUGCGUCUCCAUUGUUUCUUACUCAUUCCUCGUCAACAACUCCCUCCAUGGUCAUGUCAAACCUUCUCGCGGAUUACGCCAAGGAGACCCCUUAUCACCCUAUUUCUUCAUCCUUUGUACAGAAGUACUUUCAGGUCUGUGUAGCAAAGCCUUAGCCUCCGGUACUCUACCUGGAGUUCGUGUCUCAAGACGCAGCCCUGCCGUCAAUCACCUGCUUUUCGCCGAUGACACCAUGUUCUUCACAAAGACACACCCAUCUAGUGUGCUGGCUCUCCUUAACAUCAUCCGGAGGUAUGAAGAGGCUUCUGGACAGCGAAUCAACACCAGUAAGUCCUCCAUUACCUUUUCGGGCAAAACCCCACCGGAAAUAAGGUCUCGAGUCAAAGCGACGCUUGGAAUAGAUAAGGAAGGUGGUGUCGGAAAAUACUUGGGUCUCCCUGAAAACUUUGGUAUUAGGAAGCGAGACAUCUUCACCGGAAUUGUGGACAAGAUUCGACAAAAGUCAAUCAAUUGGACCCACAGAUUCCUCUCGGGUGCGGCGAAACAAGUCUUACUCAAAUCCGUGCUCUCUACCAUGCCUUCUUACGCUAUGUCAUGCUUUAAGCUGCCGAAGUCACUCUGUAAGCGGAUCAAAUCCGUACUUACGAGGUUCUGGUGGGACGAUAAUCUAGACAAGAGAAAAAUGAGCUGGGUUUCUUGGGACAAGCUGACUAUUCCCAAAAACUGUGGAGGUUUAGGUUUCAGGGAGAUCGAGGUCUUCAGUGAUGCUCUGCUCGCAAAAAUUGGAGCCAGAAUGAUUCAACAUCCAGAUUCCCUCCUCUCUCAAGUACUGAUGGGCAAAUAUUGCCACUAUUACUCCUUUAUGGAGGCUCCGGUUCCUUCUAACGCGUCCCACGGUUGGCGCAGCAUCGUUGCAGGUCGCGAAGUCCUCAGGAAAGGACUAGCGUCACAAUUCCUCAAAGUUCGAGACCUGAUCCACCCCCUAACCAACAGCUGGAAUCUCGAAGCCAUCCGCCUUCACAUCCCACACCACGAACAAGAGAUCCGGAAACUCCAACUGAGCUCCACUCAGGUCAAAGAUGCUCUACGAUGGCUCCCGGUCAAGACAGGUCGUUGCACCACCAAAACGGGCUAUGCGCUCACAAAGAAGUUCCUGGAACCGAGCUUUGCGGACGGGUUUAACUGGCAGUCCAACCUAUGGCGCGUUAAAACCUCCCCAAAGCACAAAUUCUUCCUGUGGAAGGCCUCGGCUAAUGCUCUCUCCGUUGGCUCUGCCCUUCUGGUGAGAGGUAUGCCAACUGAUGGCAAGUGCAUUAGAUGCGGAAUGAUAGAAGAUGUAAUGCAUGUCCUCCUCGCUUGUCCUUAUGCACAAAGAGUCUGGCGACUGGCCCCGGUUAUCUACAAGCCCGAUCAACUCACCUGCACCUCAGUCAAGUCACUACUCAGCAACGCCAGGAGAAUGAUCAACUUGCCUCCUACUGGUAUCUAUCUCACUCCCCUAUUCCCUUGGAUCGUUUGGUUUCUAUGGAAAGCCCGGAACAUCCGCAUCUUCGAAUCAAAAACCAUCUCGGAGGAAGACACUGUCCAUAAAGCGAUCUCGGAGGCCAAGAACUGGCAAGGUGCACAAGAAGCUCGGGACAAGACCACCACUAUUACGGCCUCACAGUCGGACCCUUUACUCGUAGUAAAUAGGGAUGUGGCUCUGUGUUUUGUCGAUGCAGCGUGGCAGGCGGGGAACUGCUCCGGAGGUAUGGGUUGGCUCUUUAAAGACGCUCAAGGGCACCCGAUUUCACAAGGCACUUCGUCCAGGCCUUUUCUUCCUUCAGCCUUAGCUGCUGAAGCUGUUGCAAUCAAGCUUGCUCUCUCAGAUGCGAGAGCUGCUGAUAUCUCAAGACUGAUCUGUUUCUCGGAUUGUAAGGAGCUUAUCCUCCUGCUCAACUCCGGUGGUCACUCAAAUGAAAUUCAAGGAAUCCUGCUAGACAUUUCGAGUCUCCUAAGCUCCUUCUUGUCUCUUGAAUUUAAGUUUAUUCCCCGAGCCCAGAACUCGGAAGCUGAUGUACUAGCAAAGUCUAGCCUUCUUUCUUGUAUUCCCUCUCUCUUGAGAGGAUAA